AUGGGGUAUUCUGUACAAGCUCAGUUAAAUUCCACUUGCAAUUCCAAUGAUUCAAUGGCAUUGAAAGGUUUCAUGGAUGGAAUGGAAUCACCCAUUGAUGGGUGGAAUUCAAACUCUUCAAAUUGUUGUGAUUGGGAUGGAAUUACUUGUGAUUCUUUAGGUAAAGUUGUUAGCUUAGAAUUAUCAAAGAAAAGAUUAGUUGGUAGUUUAGUUGAUUCAUUAUCUAGUUUAGACCAUCUUCAAACACUAAAUCUGUCUAGGAAUUUACUUAAAGGGGUCCUUCCAAAGUUAAUCUUUCAUUUGCCUUAUUUACAAGUUCUUGAUUUAAGUGCUAAUGAGUUUUCGGGGUCUUUACCAUUAGUCGUAAACCUGCCUUUGAUUCAAGUUUUGGACCUUUCGGAUAAUAACUUGGUAGGUCCAAUUUCAUCAGGAUUGUGUAUGAACUCUAUGGGGAUUAGGGUACUUAAAUUAGGGGUGAAUUACUUUGAUGGUGAAAUUCCACUUGAAUUCGAGAAAUGUAGUUUCUUAGAACAACUUUCUCUAGAUGCAAAUCUUGUUUCUGGGAUCAUACCUGAAUAUCUAUUCAAAUUACCAAGAUUGUAUCGGUUGUCUCUUCAAGAUAACAUGUUAAGUGGUCAGCUUCAGAAUAGUAAUCCUUCGAGUCUUGUUUAUUUAGAUAUUUCGUUGAACUGGAUUUCGGGUAGUUUACCUGAUUUUUUUGAUACUUUCCCAAAGUUGAGUUAUUUUGCUGCCCAUUCGAACUUUCUUAAUGGUAGCAUACCUCCUACAUUGUUGAAUUCUGGCAGCAUUUCUUCUCUAAUCUUGAGAAACAAUUCGCUUUCUGGCAAGAUAGGUCUAAAUUGCUCUCUCAUGAUAAACCUGAAGUUUCUUGAUUUGGUUGAUAAUAAGUUUACAGGAGCCAUUCCUGAUAAUUUCCCUUCAUGCCCAGCCUUACAAGUCUUAGAUCUCGGUGGAAACAAUAUCACGGGUCAGAUCCCAGAAAGCUUCAAAAGAUUUGAUUCCUUGUCUUAUCUUUCGCUCUCUAUGUGCAACUUGAAGAACUUGUCCAGUUCACUUAAUAUUCUCCAACAUUGCUCAAACCUUAGCACUUUGGUCCUUAGCCGAAGCUUUCAGAAUGAAGAAAUGCCGUCUGAUGCUGAUCUGCAGUUCAAGAAUCUCAAGACUCUAGUAAUUCCAUCUUGCAAGCUCACGGGUGUCAUCCCCGUUUGGUUGAAUGGUUUAAAAAUGCUCAGGAUAUUGGAUUUGUCGUUAAACCAACUGACCGGAAGGAUUCCGCCCUUUAUAGGGAACCUGCCGUCUCUUGUUUAUCUGGAUUUGUCAAACAACUUUUUAGAUGGUCGGAUUCCAAAGAGCAUAACCCAAUUACCCGAUCUGCAAUUUCAUGAUAUCUCAUUAGGGGUUUCUUUAGAGUUCCCUAUUUUCAUGAAGAGGGGAAUGAAUGGAAGUGUGUUGAUAUAUAGUUAUGGCAUUCGAUUCCCGCCUACAUUAGACCUUAGUAACAACUUUCUCAGAGGACCCAUCUGGCCCGAGUUUGGAAAUUUGAUAAACUUACACGUUUUGAAUCUAAAAUACAACGAGUUAUCAGGUACCAUUCCAAGCAAUUUGGGGAAUUUAUCAUGCAUAGAGAGUAUAGAUUUGUCUCAUAACGACUUGUCAGGGGAAAUACCUCCUUCUUUGGCAAGACUCGGGAUGCUGUCAAAGUUUAGCGUGGCAUACAAUAAUCUUUCAGGGAUUAUACCUUCUGGGGGCCAAUUUACAACCUUCCCAUCCUCUAGUUUCGAAGGAAACCCGGGUUUGUGUGGUGAGUUUGUUUUAAGUUGCCAUAAAAACCAUGACUCAUUGCAAGCUCAAUUAUAUGAGGAUAUGGAAGCCUCUAUAUUUAGUGUGCCUGUAUGGACUGGUUUUGGAACCGGUUUCCUUAUCGCUGUGAUCUUCUUGCUUGUUUUUCCAAGAUUCAGGGAUACACAGGAUAUAGAUAAAUUUGAGUAG